AGCUGGGCAUGGCGACAGAGUACCAGUAGGACGAGAAGCAAAGCCAUGGAAUGGAUCUUGCUGCUGUUCUCCGCUGUCGUCUGCUGUCAUGGAGGGGCGGUGUGGGACUCCUGGUAUAAUUUUGAUUUCAUUGAAAAUGCGCAAUUCUGUCCAAACGUCUACCCACUCUUUAAGUACCAGCACCUCUCCAAACGCUCUACCUCGUCCAAUUGGAGCCAAGGGACACCUGCAACGGACGGAAACGCCACAGCUUCCGGUAUAUAUACGCAUGCGCACGACAACAAAGCAGACGACAGCGAUCCCUUUCUGAUAUCCAGGUCACAUUUUAGUGAAGACCUCGAUGAUGAUUUUGAUGAGACAAAUGACUCUUUCGAUGCGGGUGAAGAAGAAGAUGACAACAACGAAGGAGAAGACAGUGAAUUGCCGGCUAUAAACGACCCCAUGGAAAACCCUGACGAUUUCUUCUACGAUGACGGUGAAGGAUCCGAGGAGUCGCCGCGGUAUAGGGAUAUGAAGAAAACCCCUAUGUUACCGACCAUAGAACUUUACAAGACAAAAGCGAAGCCGCUGUCUAAGGAUGACCCUUACGUCAACGCCGCCAUUACUAGGUUACCUUACACAAACAUAACUUACGUCAAGGACUACAAAAGAAAACCAGUAGCCAUUGGCUCGGGGACUUUUGCUCACGUUUACCUGGCAAAAGUUGCGAUAGGCGUCCAAAAGAAGGACGCCGCGGUUAAAGUUCUUUUGGAAUACAAACCGAUGCAGAUAUUUCACGAAGCCAGGUUGCUGGAGUACCUUAAGGAUACGGGCCUCUUUCCUGAUCUAUAUGGAGUUGCGAGAAAUUAUAUUCGGGGAGCGAACUCCUGGGCACUGGUACAGGAGUACUAUGCGGAUGGAGAGACGGCUUGGGACUUCCUCCACAGCCGUGGCAACACUUAUGACGUUAUAAGCCCUCACAACUGGCUGCAGCUCUGCCUAGACGCCGCAGAAGGAAUGCAGAAGCUGCACGAGAGACACGUUCUGUUCAACGACUUCAAGUCCAACAAUAUGCUACUUGCCAAGGAGGACGGACGUUACAGAAUGAAGCUUAUUGACGUUGGCUGUUCGUCGUAUCGCACUGGACAUGCUUUCGCCAAGUCGACCGUAGAGGAGCGGAAAGAGAUGGAUUUUAUUGCCCCAGAGGCCCACGACGGAGAGAAGACCACGGUGGCAUCUGAUAUAUUUAGUCUGGGUUUCUUCAUCUAUGAAGUUGGGGACAUGACGGACCUGGUCAAGCUGCUCCCCCUGGGCAAAGAGUGUUUGGUGGAGGACCCCCAGGAGAGACCCAGCAUCCAGUACAUCAUUAACAGUCUUAAGCGCAUACGACAGGAGCUAGACCGCGAGACGUCGCUGAUGUUCCCCAGAACGCCGGCACUGCCAGAGACUAACGUGCCAAGGAGUAAGGUUUCCUCUUCAUUAUUCAACACCAACGACACAUUUGUGACCACCCCCGUGACACGUAUUCCCAGCAAUGACAUCACCAUCAUCUUGAACACGCGGGGAAGGCCCGUGGAGGUCGGUAAGGGGACAUUCGCUUACGUCUAUCUGGCUCAUCUCAAAGCGUCCGAUGGCGGAGACAAGAAGCGCGUGGUUGUUAAAGUCCUCAAAAAGCCCCGUGUAAAGCAAAUUAUUCACGAAUUAAGAAUGUAUGAGUACAUAAACCGGAGCGACUUGUUCCCGGUCACUUACGGCAUGGCAAAAGUGACAGUAAAGGAAAAAGUCCAGUGGGGCCUGGUGCAGGAGUACUAUGGGAACGGGCUCACCAUGUGGGAUCUCCUAUACAAAAAAGUCUACUUCGACGCCCAAAGCUGGCUUGCAAUCUGCCUCAAGAUGGCGGAAGGACUCAAGGCGUUCCACGACAAAGACGUUAUAUUUAAUGACUUCAAGACGGACAAUAUUCUCAUCCAGAGGCUUGGCAAGGACCAUUACGGGAACCCCGUUCUGGUGGAUGUUGGACACACCUCCUACAAGCAGGGGUUUGAAUACGCAGAGUCUACUGACGAGGAGAGGGAAUCCAUGAAAUACCUUUCCCCCGAGGCACACGAUGGAGUGGCGACCACAGUGGCGUCUGAUGUGUUCUCCCUAGGCUAUGCCUUGUAUGAGGUCUACGACUACGCUCAGUUAUUCGUGCUGAAGGAUUUGGCUGAGGAAUGUAUGGAAUCGGCCCCAGAAGACAGGCCUAGCAUGGAUUACGUGAUUGAUCAGCUAAAGGUAUUGCUGUCCAUGGUUAAAAAGACUGGGGAUAUAUUCCCUGCGUCUCCUAACUUACCUGAGCCUCCUUUCUAUGACACUAAAGCUGAUGUAACAGACGAUGGAGAUCCUUACAUGGCGGCGGUAAUCAAGAGAAUCCCACGCUCCGAGAUCUCGUUUGAACGCGACCAGAACGGGACCGUGAAAUUAGGUGACUCAACGCACGCAGUUGUAUAUCGCGCAAAUUACAUCACUAAAGGUAAGAAGAGAAGUGUUGCCGUGAAGAUCAUGACGCCACCGAAGUAUAAACAGCAAGUGCACGAGAUCAGAAUCUCGAAUGUUCUCAGGGGCACUGGGAUGUUUCUCAAGAUGUUUGGCAUGGUGCGCACCAACGUCACGGACGGGUCGCAGCUUGAGUGGGGGCUUGUACAGGAGAACUUCGCCGACGGAUUUACGCUUUGGGAUGCCAUUAGUAAGAUUGACAAAAAACAGCCGAUCAGCGCCGAAUUGAAGAAAACGUGGCGGGAAAUAUGCUUGCACAUGGCAAAGACAAUGAAAGCAGUUCACUCCAGAGAUGUCCUCUUUAACGAUUUUAAGGCCAGCAAUAUUCUUAUCGUAUUAAAAGACGAUGAGGAUUUUGAACUUAAAUACAUUGAUCUGGGUUUAGCUUCAUACAAAAGAGGAUUUGAAUACGCAGUCUCCAGUGAAGCGGAGCGUCUCUCGAUCCCCCAUCUAGCUCCCGAAGCGCACGACGGCUACGUUACGUCAACUGCUUCUGACGUGUACAGCCUUGGAUACACUAUACAUCACAUAGCAACCACAAUACGUGACGUCAACCUCAUGAAGACUUGCAUCACGUGCGUUGCUAGGAAAGAAGAGGAAAGACCCACUGUCAAUGAUAUUAUUAACAAGAUAGAGAAGCUCAUCGCCAAACGAAAGUAACGCACAGGCAGAUAGUUUGAAAACCUCAGUGUUGACUUGGUCUUAUUUUCAAGGGACAUAUUUGUAAAAUAUGCAAAUGUAAAAAAACUGCAUUUACAAGUAUAGAAAAGUAAUAGUAUUAAGAAUGGCACUAAAUCACUGAUGUUGCUUGAGGUAAGCAGUUUUAAACAGCUUUAACGACCAUUGCUGUUGUACACAAUAACACUCAAAGAAGUGUUUGUAUAUAGUUUUGUGUACAAAGCAAGUCAAAUAUGGUGCUCCUAUAGCAAUAUUAAAACACGAUAGUUAAAAAACGACGUAGCUGCAGAUUUUACCUAAUACUGAUUUUAGUAUGAUGUAACCCACACAUGUCAGGUUUGAGGAGGCCCGUCAUACCAGUUCGCGGAAGAUCUGCAGCUACAAAGAAUAAGUUAUUUUACAUGAUAAAGAAACCCGUUUUAAUGGAAACUAUCCGAAAAAAAAGCCCAAAAGCCAAAACGAGGCGGUCGGUGCUGUGUGUAUCAUACGAGACCUGUAAACGUGUCAGAAUCGGCGUGAAGCGGGGCUAACCUUAUAGGCAGUAAUGUUGAAACUAUGGGCCGGGAAUUUAGUCGUCAAAAAGCAUUACAGAAACAAUAUGCUUCUUAUAAUGAAUACGUACUGUUGUGCAUAAUUCACAGGCUUCAAGAGAUAACGAAUAGAAAAAUAUCCCUUGGUAAAUUUUGUCAGUUUUUAUUCGCGGUUGCGCAAUACUAGCUCGGGUGCCAUUAUUUCUGACCCCACCCCCUCCAAAUCUCGCGCUAUCUUGUUCGAUUUUGCGCUAAGUCUCACGACGUAGGGCUAUCUCGGAUGGUUUUCAUUUGAGAAUUAGGACUUAAUUAUCAUUGUGUUCGGACCUCAGCUUUUCUUUCCACGUAGUUAAAGUUGCUUGUAAUCGUCAUAGGCCUCAACAUUUUUUGACGGUUCAUGUAUUAAUACUGUUGCCUUCCAUAUAUGACGUCGGCGGUUGGCAUGAUAACGAAAGGGUCUCCGGUUAAGCUACGAUACAGAUAUUUCAUUUUUCCGUGUGAAUCAGGUAGACUGUGAAAAUUGUCAUGCUGUGAAGAGAUGACUAGCGUCCAAUUUCGAUGGAUGCAUCAUGAAAUAGAAGGUCCAAAAAAUCAGACUUUAGUAAAUUCGUUUAAACACAUUUUGUGAAGAUUACUUCGAAGCGCUCUGUGAUACGACAGGUAAAGUGCAGUAUUAUAGCAUCUAAGGCACUAUAAUUAUUUUGUAGCAUUUACGUUAAGAUCAUAGUUCAAAGGUCAUAGUUCAUAGGUCAUAGUUCAACAAACAUUACAAGAUUUUAAAUGCUGACCUCAUUCCCUCUUCAAGAGAUUCUUCAGUAGAUAUUUUCAGUGACACGAUCGUUUCAUUUAUUGCACUUCCCAUGUCCAUCGUGAUUCAUGUCAAGCACCAGCUGCACAUUUCCAUGUUCAUCUGCCCCCAAUUUAUAAUUGGAUAUAGAGCAACUUUACCGACGUGUGGUAGGAGUCUUAAAACUUCCUCAUAUUUACUCUCCUCUCCAUGUGAUAUGUUUCUUUUCCUGCGUUUCAAUGUCUCUGUUAUUAACACCAUCAUGCAAAUUGAAAUGGAGAUUAUUUUUCCCAUGCUCUGAGGUAAAAGACGCGACCAUUUAAUUGCAAUGUAAAUUUAGCUAUAAACUAAGUAUGGAUAAGACAUGAACUUAUUUUUGUAAACCUUUUAAAGUCGUAUUGUCACAAUUAGGAAUUUGGCGACAAAGGAUGAGAUAUCUAGUCACAAGUAAAUCGUGUUAAGGAAAGGUAAUCUGAUUAAGAUCAUAAUUAUAUAAUGUGAUUUUAUUUUGAACAUGUAUAUAUAUUGGGUUGUGAUGGUAGCGCUUAGGGUGCAGAGGAUUCUAAGUCAUGUUAUUAUAUCAAGUAUUGUCAUAUACAAUAUGUACCUGAUCAUGAAUGGAAAUCACACGAUUUAAUUAUUUUUCAUAGAAUUAUAUUUGAUAUGAAAUUGACAAAACUUCCAUCGGAUAAGAUAAUUACAUGCCCAUUUUACUUUUUAUAUCAUAUUUGUCACAAGGUGUUUCCCGCCGCAUGUGGGGUGCAUAGCAAACCCACCAAAAGGCUAGAUUACAUUUGCCAUGCGAUGUCGGUACGGCGCUCGUACACUGCCUGCGAAUCCCUUUUUGUGCGACGUCUCUGCGGAGACUGGCUUGUUGCCUUGCGAAAUUGUACGAAAUCUCUAGAUUUUGUCAUGCCAAAACGCUUGACAAUUUAUUAAAUCGUACCAUCAUACGGCGCCCGUGGCAGAUUUAGUCCGGACUAAUGUCAUAUAUUGUAUGUUCUUAGAUGACAUACAAACAAUGUCACCCGUCAAUUGUCAUUAUGAAUAUCACAACAUUGUGUUAACUGAAAUUUGCGGCAUUCCAUAUUUAUGAAGCGUCUCUUGUUGACUAAAGGCGAAACACGUACAACUGAUGGUAUUUAUUAAUUGCUCAACAGUUUGUAUACAAUUCUUGAAUAAAUUACCUUUUGGAUUCAACUAUACAAUCUUGACUAUGAGUUAUAAUGGAUGUGACCGGGCAAACUGGAAUAUUCAUCGAGUUGAAUUGCGGCAACAGAUUGGUUGUCUCCAAAAUAAUAAUAAUAAUUAUUAUUAUAAUAAUAAUAAUAACAGACUAACAACAGAAAAGACGAUUUUUUACACCAACACAAAUGAAUUACCCAGUAGAUGUAAAAUAGUUUAAUGCCGCAUAGAAUUGUAGAAAUAAAAAGUAAACGUGCUCCAAAGACCAAAAGAGCUAAUGGUAACGAGACCUUAUGCAUUUUUCCAUUAGAAAGGACUGAACAUUUACUAAUAGUUUUCUUAUCGAAAAUAUCACAUUUCACAUUUGACAUCAAACCUAAGGUCAGCAAAAUGGUUAGUCUUCAUGAUGUUCUAUAAAGUGAUGUGCCAUGAAAAUGAUAUCAAUUUUAUUUUGCGAGUAUAUUGUGAGCUAAUACAGCCAAACAUACAAGUAACAGGUUUUAGAAAACUAGAAAAAAUGACCUAAUAAAUAGUUUUUAAUUUUGCCGAAUAAAAUAAAUGAAUAAAGAAAGAAAGAACGAAGGAAAUAGAAUAUCAACUCUCUGUUUUUACUUUCACUAUCUGUCUCUAUCCAGUUUUUUUGUGCUGAUCACUGUACUCCAACGUUAUAUAUCCUGUACAUGUACACAUAGAGAUGGAGAUAGUGAUUUGCGAUUGAAGCUACCGCUAAUAUAUGUAUGCAUCGUAUACUUACUAAAACGUAAUAUCCCUCACAACAUUUUCUUGGCACAAUUUACAGACACGUGUGGAUAAGGUAUGACUUGAUGGUUUACCAAGACUUUUGCUAGAAUAGCAUAAAAUAUGCAUAUGAUGCAAUUUCCUUUUUAAUAGAAUUAACUUCUUUCUUUUUUCUUUUGAUCUGGGGUAUUUUGUUUGUCGGGCAUUUUCAUGAAAGAUGUCCACUUUGUAAAAUGUUUUCUUAUAUAUAGCGUGUAGCACCUAUCUAUUUUGGUCAUAUCAGAGCAAUUGGCAGGCGCUCAGAAAAACUAUGAGAAAAAUAAUAAUCCGUAUACAACUGAAACAAAUUUGACGUUACCCGUAUAUAAUUCAUAUGUCUCUAACUAACAAUUACGAGAACUCGAGUACAAAAUUCAAGGAAAACCGACGUUUUAGGCCUACUGUACAUGUAAUUAACAAAAAGAUCCUCACUUCUUUGAGCAAUGUGUAUAGCACCGAUGACAAUUAAUUCUUUCACUAGCGAUCUAACGAAA